AUGCUGGUGACGCCUGUGGCUGCCCGGGACAGCUGUGGACUGCGCAGCGAGAGGCAGCCUUCAGGGGCGUGCCUGCAGGAGCCUUGCCCGAGCAGUUGCUUAAUGCAAGAUCCAAACGCUUUAGAGCGCAGCUCUGCGGAAGUUUGCGGAAGCCCCAUGCACGGCUCUACGCCAGUACGAGAUCCGAUGCAUGGGGCAAACUGCGUCACAGCGCUGCCGGGGCCGGACAAUGCUUUCCCCAUUGAGUCGUCGGAUGCUGUGAAAAAUGCAACUGCGUCGAAUAAUCACAGUGGAGCGAGUUCGCCUUCUACGGGUAGUGGAACCGGGUACGAGCAUGUGCUCGGAAUUGUAAACCCCAUUUCGGGGGAAUCUCGAGUCGCCCAGUACGUCUUGCGCUCCAUGCGUGAGCUGCUUGGGGCGGAUCGCGUCAUCUUGCUUGACGCGCCGCUCUUUGCAAACCCGGCGCCACUGAUUGAAGCCAUUCGCAACUACGCCGUGCGUUUUAUUCGUCAAGGUUCAAACGGCACACCCCUGGCAAGCGGCACUGAGGGCGGCAGCGGCAACGCCACUGCCUGUAGUCGUGCCAACGGCAGUGAAUUGGAGCGGCGUGGAACAGUCUUUGUGUGCGGCGGUGACGGCACGGUGGCCUUCGUCAUGGAGCAGCUGGACGUCGUGUAUGAGAUGAUCAAAAGCGCGGAGAUGACCUCCCGUGGGGCUGAAGCAGUGCGGGAUGCGGGGGUUGGAAUGGGCGGUUUAAGGCUACGUGUCUUGCUCCCCGCAGUGGCUGUCCUUGCGCUUGGCACAGGCAAUGACUACUCCAACUGUAUGGGGUUUGGUAGCGGCUACCUGCGUCACAAGCUCUCGGGUCUUUGCUGUUGCAUGGAGAACGCCAUUGAGCCGUUUGUCCGGCACGCCGUGACUGCGCCUGCGAUCCCGUUCGACCGAUGGACGGCGCGACUGGUGCCUCUCACCGCCAUCUGGCAACAACAGGAAAAUCAGCAGCAGAGACAGCCGCCCCCGCCAAAGUCUGGGGCGAAGGAAUACGAAGUCUAUUCCCCCGUUAGCUCGCUGAGGGGCGACGUGGAGGCGACGGCGGAGCAUAAGGAGGGCGGCAAGGAAGAAGAGGAGGCGGCGGCAGCAGCGGUGACGGCGAACUCAGUGGAUGUGGACGCGCUGGACUGGGAUGCAUUGGACGCCGCUGGGGCUUGUAUGAAGUAUAAUUUUAUUAAUUAUUUUAGCGUGGGCUUUGACGCGUAUGUAGCCCAAAAAUUUGAUGCCUUUAGAAGGAGGCACCUCAAGUUUUGCUCAACUCGGAUGCACAACAAACUCGUGUACGCCACGUACGGCUUGAAGGCAGUGUUUCGUUGCUCCACACUGCGUCCAUGCAUCCCCAGUGUCUGCGUUCCACAGCUGACACGGUCUGCCUCUAGCGGCGUCGAUGCGUCCCAAGGACCCUCUGGGCAAAGUGAGGAGAAAACUUCCAUGGUGAACUUGUCUUUGCCCAAGGGCAGCAAGGCGUUGCUCGUCACGAAUAUUAGCUCAUACGCCGCAGGGACGCGUCCGUGGAAGGAGGGAAAGGGCCACUUAUAUCGUGACGACCCUGGCACACACCCCAUGGUCAUCACUCCUGUCUGCGUGAAUGAUCGUAAGAUGGAGGUGCAGGCUCUUGGUGGACUUUUUCAAAUGGGGCUGCUUCAGCUGGGGAUCGGCAAGGGCGCCUCUAAGCUGGCACAGACGCGGGAACUGCUUCUGUUUGUCCUCUGCAAAUCAACAGACAUUUCCCGGCGGCCGCAGUUACAGAAGGGUGGGGGAGCGACGGCUGGAAAGCUGGGCGGUGAGAGAGACACGCCUCUGUGCUUGCAAAUUGACGGUGAAGCUAUUGGGAGGAUUACGCAACCGACUGUAGUUUACAUCACGGAGCUGCAUAGACCCCGUGUGUAUGUGCGCUGCCGCAACCCGAGCGUGGUUCGAAGCCCCAUCCAAGACGAAGACCUGCUGCUGUAG